AUACACAAUUUGAAUAUCUCUCAUUUUUACAGUCACCGUUACUUUUCGCAUUCCUCGGCGUCGCUUGAAUUCAAACUUUUGCUUAAAAGUAUCUGUGCAACUUUUAAAAGAUUUGAAAAUCAAAAUGUCAGUUAUUUCGUCGGAAGGGAAAGGGAGGAGUGGACAAGUCAUGGAAAAGUUAAGAACGCGAAAAACUCCAAUGCGCAUAUGUAAUCGACGUACUCGUGUUUCCGGGGACAAAAAAACGCAGCGUAGAGGCGGCGUAAUUGUGACCAUGUCUGUUGAGCACAGUGAAGGAAUAGCUUUAAAAACAUUAGAAGGCGUAGCAGAGCACCACUCAAGACAAAUUUCAACAACAUCGGCAUUAUUUGGCCCAAUGGGUGUGUCGAUUGGAGUUGUAUGUGAGAGUACAACUGAAAAUAAAGAAGUGGUAAUGGAUGUACAGCAAUUACCAAAUGAUAACACACAGAGUGCAACGGAUUGGACCGGAUCAAUUUCACAUUAUGGCGCAUCAUUAAAGUCAAUGUCACGCCCUUCAAUUUGUGAACUUCGAAAGAGUCUAAGUUUUCUAGAGGAUCAGCAGUUUGAGAAACUUGCUGAAUUCAAUAUUGAAACAACUCAACAGUUGUUGAAUAUACCGAUAAGAAAAUUUCUUGAAAUUGAAAUUAAUGGUGAGCAACUGCAAUUGCUUAUGUCAUUGUUGGAAAAUGCGUUUUGCAAGGACUCGGAUCAGCCCAAGUCAUUUCAAGAAGAAGUCAAAUCUUUUGAGGAAAUUGCAGGAGACAUCGAAAAAUUUGAAGCAAAUGACGAUGAUGAUGAAAAACCAUUGGUUAUUGAUGAAACCUUUUCCAUCAUUGAAGAGAAUCAAGACCCUACUACUGAUAAAGAAGAACGGAGUUUGAAUGAUAUUGAAGAAUGUUUUGCAAAAAUUCGCAACGUUAAAAUCCCUCAGUCACGUGCUACUAUAGAUGAAGUAAAAUCGGAGCUGUCUGAAAUUAUUGCUGAAUUGGACGGGAAAGAAAAGAGGCUAUUGCGUCGGCUAAAAGAUAAGAAACAAACUGAUGAACCAUUAGUGUCAGCUAUGAAAUCUGGUACUGAAGAGGUCGUCACAACUACCACGGCUUCAGCACAGCAGAAUCUGCAACCUACGGUUUUGAUUAAAAAAUUGCCCACACCAUUAAGGAAGAAACAACAUGAUAUGGAUGCAGAUAGUACAACUACUGGCGUUGAUUUUGCGUUUCUUAAAAUAAGGAAACAUGAAAAUGUCGCCGAUGUUGGUGAAGCAAAAAAACUAAGGGUAAAUGCGCUCCAGAAAAAAACGAGAAAACGUCAAGCAAAGGUUCCGAAUUUUGUUGACAAUCGGGAUAACAAGGUCCCCGAAUCAUCCAAUAUUUCAAAUGAAUUUUUAGAGGUUUGCUCUUCUGAUGCAUUAGAUAAAGUAAGCCAACAAUCAAAAGCCGAGGAGGUGCACGAAAGUCAAGAAUUAAAACCAGUAUUAAAGUCAGUCUCACCACAGUCACCACUUUUCGAAUCCACUCCGGUUAAAUCGGAGGAGUUUGAUGAGAGUGGUAUUAUAAUGGAUACUACAAUUACUACUCAGAAGGAAGAUAAUUCUGAGAGAGACAAUUUUUCGGAGGGUGAUCUGUUGGCUACUGCUCCUUUUUCAAAAACUAAUGAAAACCAAAUUCAGUGCAGUACCGCAAAGGAUUCAACAAACCUUUCUGUGACAGCACAACGACGCAUUGAAUUCGACGAGAAACCAAACGAUAAAGUCAGUAACUUAUACGAUCAUUACGAUGCAGAUUUAAUCGUAACAAUUGACAAUACUCCUUUGUCGCCAAUAUCGGGCGGCAUUACCAGUCCAAUAAAUUCGAAUAACGAUUAUAGUCCAGCUAUGGAGAUUGACGGUCAUUGCAUUGGAAUGAUAUAUUUGCUGAAAGAAAUUGAUAUGUCUGGUAUUUCCGUCAACAAGCCUGAUAAUUUAAGUAUGCUUUUACGGACAAAUGGCUUUGAUCCAAGAUUGUCAAAGUAUCUUAAAAAGGAAGUAAAUGCAGUGCAUACAUCCACCUCGAUUUGUGCUUUCAGUAAAAUUGCACAAAGUGGGGAUCCUCGUCGAACGGGUAGUAUUUAUAACACGGAAAAAUUUUCACACCAAACACCGAAUAUGCUUAUUUACGGUUGCUUGCAGCGUUCUCCAUGGUAUCAAUCACUAAUGUCCACAAUGAAGAUACAGAUAAAUCAAACAAUUUCGAUAUUGGUGCGGGCUAUCAAUAAUUUUCAAAAAAUACGCUUGGAAGAUCCCUAUGCUGUGUUUGAUAUUUUUAAACUGUAUUGCGCUGGAGAAUUAUUGGAAAUUUUGGAAAAUCUAGGAUUGUUCGUCGACGUUAACGGACAGAUAACUGAAAAGAAAAAUAUAUCUACGUAUGCAGGUCGUUCAUAUGGUUGUUCGUCGGUAGUAAAUGCAACAUAUAGCUUUAUUCAACCAGUAGAGCCAUCGUCGGUUACAGUACAACAUCAGCAAAUGAGAUCUUUUUCUUCGCAUGCGCCAAAUUUUUCUGCAAUGCCAUUCCAGCCGUCGGCAUCCUUUCAACCACCGACACCAUUUAUAAGCUGCUACAUUGAAUCCCCACAUACGCCAAUGGAAAACUCUGUACAAAUGCAACAAUCUCGUAUGCGCCGACCAAAACCUUCACAAUCUCGAGGACCAUUUGAACCGCCACUUCCACGACGACACUGUGGAUUGAAGGUGCCAUAUAGGAAUAGUGCGCCACCACCAUUACCAUCGCGUUCUUCGCUUUCGCCUGUAAAGUCUAUCAAACCGCCUACACAAUCCUCCAAUUCUGAUGAGGAGUGUUGGGAUUUGGAUGAAGAAAUUAAUUCUUCAACGCCUUCAAAGCUUCCUCUCAGUCCAAGUUCUGAUGAUGACUCAAAGCAAUCGCGGCGCAAUUGUACUAGAUAAACUCACUGAUCCUCACUAUAAAAAUUUAUACGGAGCACACGAAAAACGUUGAUAGUUCUUAGAAAAAAAUAUAAAUUUUAAAUUAGAGGUGCCAUAUCCAUCCACAUCAUACCAUACAAUCUUAUUUUUUAGAUAAAUUUAACGCUAAAUAUCGCUAUGAUUAUAGUUACAGGAGUGGUUUUAUGGUAUGACACCUCUAAUUUAAGCUAAACAAUUUAUAUAUCGAGUUCAAUAUUGGAUUUGCCUGCUUAUUUGUGUUACUUUUUUAUGUUACAUUUUAAUUUUAUGUCCUUUUUUACCUAAGGGAGCUAGGUAUAAUAGAGAAUGAAUUUUCCUUAUGGUUUGUAUUGCGUACAGUUUAAUUUUUAAUGCGUUGAAAUAAAUCGCUAAUAUUAUCAUU